UAAUACACUUUUGUAAGCACAAAAAACAACCGGAGUUCGAUUUAUUGCACAAUAUUAUUUUAUAAGUCAUUCUUCAUUGCGACCACGUUGGAGGUCGACAUGUAAACAAGGAACAGUAUUUAACUUUUAUUAUUAGUGACAAAAAAUAACCUACAAUGGCGUCUAAAUCAGAAAACGUUCGUGCUAGGAUCGUAAAGGCAUACGAAUUAGAUGAAAUUGAAAAAUUAAUCAAGGAUGCGAAAGUCGCACAUGUUAUGCUUACCGAGGCACCUCCACUGGUCGAUGAGGCAAGUGUAUUGACCCGCCUUAGUGCUCUUACUCUCCGAAGCUCUGACGGUAUUAGUUGUUCCUGUUGUGGUGUUGGUCCGUUCACCACCAGAGCACAGCAGACUGCUCAUUAUAAACACCACUGGCAUACACAUAAUCUAAAGAGGAAGCUGUUUGGACGGAAACCUAUUAGUCUUGGAGAAUAUACUGCUCGUCAAGAUGAAAGCUCAAACGUGUCAGCUAGUGAUUCUGAAGCUGACGACAACCCUGAUGCUGCAGCUACUGAGCUGUUUGCACUUGCCACUCGGCAUUGCAAGGCAUUCUACUCUAACCCCAAGGGGCAGGUGUUCUGUAUUUACCGCUGUUUGCUGCACCAUAGGAAGGAAGAGAUGUCGCACGACGGCGAGGGUCAUUUUUGGGCUCGUCGUUUGAAGGAACUCCUAAGUCCGGGCUUUGGACGCUGGGCUGUACUGAUGGUAUCAGGUGGUCAUUUCGCCGGUUGCAUCUUUACUGGAGGCAGUGACGCUAUCCAUAAGACUCUUCAUUCGUACACCACGCGAAGGGGCCAAGGUAUGGCGCAAGCAACGAGAGAUCAAUCAGGCAACGCUCCGAAGUCAGCAGGUGCAAGCUUAAGGAGAUACAACCAAGAGCAGUUCCUUGCGCACGUCCAAAAUAUUCUGGUUAGCUGGAAUGAUGACCUGAAAGGCUGUUCGCUGGUGUUCUACCGGGCUGUGGGGACAAUUAACCAGGCUGCCCUCUUCGGGAAACCAUCGCCUUUGAGGAAAGAGGACCCGAGGGUCAGGCAACUGCCCUUCCCAACUAGGAGACCUUCUUUCAAAGAGGUCAAAAGGGUGUUUCAAACUUUGGCCAGUAUUGAAGUUUAUGAAUCGUUGCAAGACUUCCAAAAAGGGCUGCUGGCUCUUAAUGGCGGUAAAAUUCCAUCGAAAACCAACUCGGAUACCAAUGUCAAAAAAUCACAAAAACAACCGGCAAAAACAUUUGACAGAGCUAAAUCUAGAGAACGCGCUCCCCGCGAGCUCCCCACCCAAGUGACGUCAAGUGAAGACGAGGGUCCUUGCUACAUCGACUCGGAGACACCAGCCGGUUGGAUCAAAACCCUAUCAGAGCAAAGCAGUAACGGCAUCAUCACGAACUCACGGAAAGACCUCCUCAACGACUGUGUGAUCACCAGCUGUGUGGACUCAGAGAGUGAGAAAGAGGUCGUAGAGAAGAAGGAAGAGCCGAGAAGAAAGAAGAAGGUUAACAAGAAACCUGAUGAUAAGGCUGUGCCUGUCAAGAAGGGACCUCCCAAGAUUCCUGCUAAUGUUAAGAAUAUGUGGAGAUCAAUUAUGGACAAGGACAGCACUAGUCUCGAUACAAUUAUUGAAGCGUUCGAGGGUGACAUUCAAGCGGCUUGCAACACCCAGGAUCCUAUUGAUGGCAACACUGCCUUGCAUAAGGCGGCCAUUGCUGCCAAACCAGAGAUGGUCACUCAGAUCCUGUCAGCGGGUGGGGACCCUUGCAUCAAGAACCACGACCUGCAGACUCCGUACGCGGCCACGCCACACGCAGACACCAGGGUCGCCUUCCGAAUGUUCCAGGCACAACAUCCCGACAAGUACAACUAUUCUAAGUCCCAAAUCCCUGGUCCAGUUACUCCAGAGCAGUUAGAACAAGAGAAAGAGAGGAAGGCACAACAGAAGAAGGCGAAACGUCAGCGCGAGAAAGAGAGGCAGGUUGAUAAGAUGAAGGGGAACGCGUUCCUACUACUCAGUGACGACCAGAAGAGAAAAGUUCCAGAGCAAGAACAAAGGUGCUUCCUAUGCGGUAGUCAGCUGCCCAAAGUACCGUUCGAGUACGACGGGUGCAAGUUCUGCCAGAUCCCCUGCCUUCACAGCCAUCGGAAGAUCAGGCCGCUAAACAAAAGCGUAGAAUAAAUUACAUUUUUAUUUAUACACAGAAGUAUACAUGACUGAGGGCUAAAUACCAGUUUAUUUUACGUUUAAAAUAAUCGUAACGAAACAGCGUUCGGUGCUUGGAUUGGCUGGUUUAUUGGAUCCGGCCAAUCAGAGCACCGAUCGCUGCGUCAUUUCGAUUACUUUAAACUUAGAACAAAUUUGUACUAAGGCACAUCGAUUUAUAAAAGUUCCAGCUUAUCAUGGCCUCUAUUCGUAUGAUCUUUUCACACAAUAGACGUUCAGUUUAUACUGGUUUUGUAUAACUUGAUGUGCACCGUCUGUAAUUAUGUAUAUUGACUAGACGACAAAUAAAUUGCGGGAGUAUUUUGAGAAUAUUUUUAUCUGAAUAAUUUUUUAUUACUUAUUAUUAUGGUUAGUGUAACUGAUCUUGACAGACCAGUUAUGAAGUUGGAUGACUCUGUCUCCUGGUGAGAUAAAUCCGGACUCUGAGUUAGUAAAUUAUUUGGUUUCCAAUGAGAACAACUUUCAUUUUAAUAUAUUCGUUAUAUAUAUACAUAUAUAUAUAUAAAACGUUGCCCCACACUAG